AUGUGAGGGAUUUAAUGUUAAGGUAAAUGUGAUAUUUGUAACAUUCCUGUGCUGGGUAUUUGUGAAAGAAGAAUUUUAAACCAAGUCAAAAUUUAAAGAUGAAUGAGAAGAAGAUUCUGUUAUUAUCAAAAUUAUCGAACCAAGUUUGUUUAUAAUGAACACAGGUUGACUUGCUCAUACACUAACAUAAGAUACAUUAUAAUCAUAUUGCAAAACUAGUAACAUAACAAGUAACAACUAGUUUUCCGUACUUAGUAUCUCUCAAGCGGGCAUGAGAUGUGUAAAAUAAAACACCUGUGUUAUACCUUCAGUUACCCUACCACAUGAUUAUAGGUAAUUGAUUUAUUUUUGUAGUUAUACUAGUUCAUUUUUAUAUUAGUUCAGGGAGUAGGUUAAUAUAUACUUGACAUCUGCUUUACCACAUAAUUUAACCUUGCAUUCUUAUUACAGUAUAUUUGCUGAAUUUCCAGAAACAAUGUGUUUGAGUAUUUAUUUACUUUUUACCUUUAUUUUCUUGUAAAUCUAAAUAAAUAAGAUUUUUAACUGAACAUAUAAACCAUGAAUAACAAUGUCAUUGCUGUUCUGGGUAAGUUUGACAUGGGAGAUUUGGAAGCUGUUUUCUGUGAUUUCCAAGUAAAAUGGAGUGAGGACUUUCCAGAGACCAAGCCAGGAUUUUUUCUGACUUACUUUCACGGCGAUGUUCAAUCUAAUUUACUCAUCAAACAUUUCAACUGCGAUGUUCAUAUUCUGAAAUACUGGUGCCAGUCUAAUGAAUGUAAUGAUGAAUCAUUGGUUCAUUCAAUCUAUUCUUUAAAAGCAGCUAUUGACAAGCCAAAGUGUUCAUCAGGUAUGCUGCUGGUACCACCCAAUCUGUUCGAUCAAUGUAGGGAUAUUGCUUAUGUGCUUUUCACAUCAAUCUAUCAGAUAAAAGUAAAAUCUUGUUCUUAUCUUGAAUGGGAUAUUGUCCAACUGGGGAAAGAAACCAAUAUUCAAGACCAUAUUGUAAACUAUCUCUCCCAGCUAAAAACUUCAGAUGAAAUAAAGUUUUUACAAUCAAGUUUGGUCCCAUCACAGUUUUAUCAUGGAUAUUCACUCCGGUAUGGAGGGUUGUCAACUUUUUCUGACCAUGCUUCACUCAAUAUGUGUUUUUCUUCACGUAAGAAAGACUGCAAGGAAGUGGUUAACGAAAAUCGGAUCCGACUGGCAAAAGCUGGUAAAAAAAAAAAAAAAGCUGGUGGAACGAAACCCAAAGAUUUGUUAGUUACAGUUGGUCCUUCACUUGGUGUGUGUUGCUGUGAAUUUGGCAUUGAAGGUUCAAAUCAGUUUCUAUCUAUCGACAAAGCUUGUGUUGUGUGGAAAGAAAAUCACCCAAAGCCCUUUCUUAAUUUAAGGUUGGCUGCUUCUAUCUUGCUAGUUAAAGAAGGUAUUCCAAAAUCUAAUAUAGAUGAUGGAACAUCUGAUGGAUCUGCUCUUGCUACUUGCACGAAAUGUGAUCCUGAUCGAAAGUUGUUUUCGUUUCGUCGUGAUGGACCUCAGUUUGGAAAUCAAGUUGGGUUUAUUGGAAUGAAAUAGAGCCAACGUUAUAAAUGCAGCUUAGUUUGUACUUUGUUGAAACAAUAGGCUAUUGUAUUUGUUUAUUAAUCCACUAAUGCUAUGUGGACAGUACAUUUAUGUAUCAUUAUACAAGCAUUUUAAUUUGAUUUUAAAGCUUUUAUGUUUUUAUUCACUUUGAAUUUUGGAUCCAUUUACACAGUUAGAUGUAAAUAAAAUGUAAUUAUUAAUAAUUAUUAUUGUAUCUCGUUUUACAAAUAUAUUUCCAUUGUUUGUUGUUAAUAUUAUUCUUUUUAUAUAUUAUUUUGUUAUGAUGCUAUUUAUACUUUUAAGUUUAAGUUUACAAUAAUACGGUUUCAGGUUUGCUGUUUAUAAGUUCUGUGUUUGUGUCAUUCAUAUUUGUAGUUGUCAUUUUAUGUUUAAUUGCUUUUAGUUGCUUAAAAUAUAUGUUUUAUAUAAUGUAACUUUUCAUG